AUGCCCGAUCCCAAACCAGCCGUCAAUCAUAACUGGCUCAAGGAAAUCAGAGGGCUACCUUCCCUCCAGUCGUACAACCUAUUGAACGAAACCAAAACCACGUUUGUCGGGGCAGAUCACUUGAAUGACGUGAAAACCAUCGAUAAACUCACCAGUAAAACUAGAAACCUCAAAGAUAAUGUCCAUCAAAUGGAAGCAGUGUUUGAAAAACGCCAACAGAAGAUUGAAGAUGCCCUCAACAAUCUAGAAUGGCUCAAUCAAAUCAAAUGA